AUGAAAAAAUUAAUAGUUCAUGUGUUCAUGGCUAGAGAAAAGAAAAUUCAUUUAUUAAAGAGAAAAUUUAGUAACACCAACGAAUCAUCACUCUGUGGCAAACGGAGAUCACAAUUAGUUGAUGAUCAAGUAACAGUUUCAAGUGUUUGUGUUAAUUUAUCUUCAAUGUAUAAAAAUAAUAUAAAUAAUUCAUUUAUUAAACGAAAAUCAUCACCGUUAAUAUCUCAUAGACGAGCUAAAAGUGAAAUAUGGAAAUGGAAAAAAUUAAAUCCGUCAGUCACAUCGUUAGGCACUUAUCUAAACCAAUUGAAUCUUUCUAUGCAAGAUGUUAUCGAAUUGAAGCAUGCACUAGCAACAAUAGUUCAGAUUAUUAUUCUACAACAACAACAACAACAACAAACAUUGGUGGCAAUUAAUGAAAAUCAAAAGAUGAACUCAACAUUAAAACGUCGUCUAACAAGUCCAUAUUUAAAUCAAGAAAAAAUUGACAAUGAUAGUGAUGAAUGUUUACCCAUUUAUACCGAUGAUUUUUAUAUUCGAAAUGGUUUAUUAAAUCAUAAUAAUGGACCCGAAAUUCAUGAUAGUAUUUAUUCAAUUGUAAAUCCAUUGUAUAAUUCAAAUUAUUUAAAACCAAUUAUUCAUCGACGUCAUAAAUCGCUAAUGUCGUGUCAAGAACAAGCAGAAGAAUCAACAUCAGCAACAUCGUUAGAAUUAACUAAUAACAAUCGAGAUAAUGUAUCAACAUUGUUAACAAGUAACUUUUAUAAUCAACAUCAAUCAGAAAUGCAACGUUCACUAACAUACCAAUUAUCAACUCUCAUAGACGAACAUAAUAAAGAUUUGAAUAACGACAUUGACAAUGAAUCGACGAUUCAACGUACAAACAAAGUAAAACGUUGGGAACGAAAAAUGCCACAAUAUAUGAAAAACAGAAAAUAUCAUACAUAUACAGUGAUAAAAAAACGUCAAGAAAAUGUAUCUAAUAUUGAAACAUCCUUAGUUUCAGUGCAUCAAAACAGUAACAAUACAUUAAUAACAAUAGAAUCAAGUUUACCUUCAAUUAGUCAGAAAGAAACAGAAAUCGUGGAAACAAAUAAUUAUUUUAAAUCAUCAAAUACUAGAAAAAGUCAAGUUAACAAGUUAUUUGACAAUUUAUUUCCAAUGGUUAGAGCUCUUGCACCGUUGAUUAUAGUUCGUGAUAAACCGUUUCUAUUGAAAAAUUAUUCUUAUUAUGACGAUAGUUUGAUGCAUACAUCUAAUUUGCAUCAUCAUCAUCAACAUAAUUCAAAAACAUCAAUUUCGUCCAAAUAUCUGUUACAAAGUGAUGAAAAUCUAACAAAGAAAUCAUCAAUUUUAACUGUUUUAAAUAAUAAUAAUUUGGUUUUAAGAACAACAACCGAUCAAAAGAAAGAAUUACCGUUACAAUCGUUAUCAAUCACAUCAAAUAGAAAUUUAGCUCUAUUCGAUUUACCAGUAACAACUAGAAAGAAUAUUCGCAGCAAAAUGCCUUUAGUUCAGAAUGAAAUAAUAGUAAAAUCAGUUCAACAACUACCGUCACCACCAACUAAAAGUAAUUUACUGAUUGAUUUUGAAUCAGUUCUGACCGUUAUUGAACAAAGUCAACAAAAUCUAUCACGGUUUAUUGAUUGUUCCUUGUCACCUAAUUAG